AUGAAACCAAAUGGCUGGAUUUCACUCAUAUUGAGUAAUAGAGAAUGUAUAGUAUUGCAAUUCGAUAAUGGAGUAUUCAUGGAUCAAGGAUUUGUACUCAAUGAACAGAAAGUGUUGAAAGUGUUUGGAAAUCAUCAAAUUGGUGCUAUUUCAUAUAAUGAAGAACAAUCCAUAGUAGUAGUAGUAGAAGGAAUCGUGGAUUUGGAUCAUGGAAGUCGAUUUGAAGGAUUGAUAUUGGCAGAAAACGAAGGUAAUAUUGGAAUUCUAUUUGGAUAUGGUGAAAUGUAUGAUGAUGAUGGAUUCUUGAUGUACAAGGGUAUAAUGAUCAAUUGGAAACGAUUUGGCUAUGGAACGAGUUAUCAUAAUAAUGGUUUGAUUGAAUAUGAAGGAUAUUGGUGUGAUGAUAAUCGAUUUGGAAUUGGAAAAGUGUAUGAUCGAUAUGGUAAAUUAGUGAAUGAAUGUGAAUGGUAUAUAGGAAUUGAAUGUAUUGUUUUCUUUGAUUGGGAAAAUCGAUUUAAAUUGAAAAGUAUACCAUUCUGUAUUGCAUCAAAACAUUAUAACUGCCUGAUUGUUUUCAAACAAUUAUAG